GUUUAGAGAUGGAAUUUAAAAAUAUGCCAAAAUACUUAAGACAAACAAGAUAGUUUUAAAUAGUUGGCUAGCUUUUUGUUAUGUCGUCAUCUUUUUGCGACCACUCUUUCAGUUCUUCAGGAAGUGAAAUUAACGGGGCAUCUUGUGCUUUGCAUAGAAGAUAGCUAUACGAUGUCGGGAAGCUUUUACUUCGUUAUGGUUGGCCAUCAUGACAAUCCCGUGUUUGAGAUGGAGUUUCUACCCGCUGGGAAGUCUGAAUCAAAGGACGACCACCGUCACCUCAACCAGUUCAUUGCACAUGCUGCCCUAGAUUUGGUGGACGAGAACAUGUGGCUGUCCAACAGCAUGUACCUGAAAACAGUGGACAAGUUCAACGAGUGGUUUGUCUCAGCCUUCGUCACAGCAGGACAAACACGAUUCAUCAUGCUGCACGAUGUUCGACAAGAAGAUGGAAUCAAAAACUUUUUUAACGAUGUGUACGAUUUAUACAUUAAGUUUGCAAUGAAUCCUUUCUAUGAAAUCAACGCACCGAUCCGCUCGACGGCAUUUGAGCGGAAAGUCCAGUUUCUUGGAAAGAAACAUCUCCUAAGCUAAUCGCGCCACAAAUGUACUCUUUUCCUUGUAUAUAUAUCAAAAAAUGGGUGUCUGCUCUUUCUUUUCCUGGUGCAUAUAGUGAUAUUUAUGUCCUUAAAUAAAUUUGUAUGAAAGUGA